CGCUCGUGAACUUAAAAGCUUUUAGUACGGGGCGUAGUGAGGGGACAACUUUGCGAACAGUCGUUUUCCUCCAACCAAACUACCACGAGAGAGACGAGAGAGAAGAAGGACUUUAAUUUGUUUCCCCCGCAUCAACCGGAGUGACUUCCACUCAGUUUUUCAGGGCAUUUUGUGAGGACUCUUCGUGCUGGAGCUGGAAGGUGGCUUCCUGUAGACCCAUUUACGGGAAAUAAAAUCUUCGCAAAAAGCAGAGAGAAUUGCAACUCACCCCACUGACAUCACAUCAGAGGCUGCAAGAAAAAACAAAAUGGCUCAAAGAUCCCGCAUUCCUUUGAUGCUUCUUGCAUUAUGCUGCCUGACGUCAGCAGGGCCAUUGCUUCGCAGUCCAUGUGAGCUGCUGCCGGUCGGGACUGGACACCCUGUGCAGGCCAUCCUGAAGAGCUUCACCGCCAUGUCAGGCUGUGCAAGCAAAGGCACCAUGAGUCUGUCUCAGGAGGUCCACGUCAUUAACCUGAGAGGACAUGCUGCAGAGGGCCCAGACAGCACUCCUGCAAGAGUUGAGCUGCAUCUCAAGCCCAUCCAGUCUGUGCGCCAGCACCAGAAGCGCUUGGUCUUUGUGCUUAACUCCCCCCAACCUGUGAUAUGGAAUGUUAAGGCAGAGAACCUGGCUCUGCGCAUCCAUCAUACCUUUCAUGUAUCACUGGGCUCAGAGGUCCACUUUAAACAGGAAAACUUCUCCCUGAACACUCAGAUCCAGAAGGAAAGCCUUCCCCAAGGCAACGAGCAUCUCCUCAACUGGGCCCUGAAGAAGUACAGGGCAGUCACCUCUUUCUCUGAGCUUAGGAUGACUCAAGCCAUCUACAUCAAAGUUGGAGAAGACUCGGUGUUUUCUGACACUUGCAAGAUUGACACCAGGUUCUUGUCUCUGAACUACCUGGGCAGCUAUGAGGAGCCACAGACGUCAAAGGGUUGCAUCCUGUCUGUGCCUAACAGAGAAGUACACAUCAUUGAGCUGCAAGCCCCGAACUCCAGCAGUGCUUUCCAGGUGGAUGUCAUUGUGGAUAUAAGGCCUCUGAAGGACGACGACUCGGUAGUGCGAGAUGUCAUCUUGGUGCUCAGAUGUGCAAAGUCUGUCCACUGGGUUGUCAAAGCCCACAAUGUGCAGGGAAAUCUGGAGGUUGUGGCUUCUGAUACAGUGACCAUUAACUCGCAGAUGGUAGAGACGACAUCCUCCAGACAGCCUUUGCCAUCAGGAUCACAAGCCUUGAUCAAGUGGGCAGUAGAUAACGGCUACAGUCCAGUCACCUCUUAUACCAGCACCCCUAUGGCAAACCAUUUCAACAUCCGACUGCGAGAACAAGAUGUAUCGGAUCAUCUGGAGAGCAGAUUGCCUCCAGAGCUGUUUGACCUGCGUCAUGUCAGCACUCUGCCAGAAAAAGGACAUGCGGCACCUCGCUCCAGUCUGCCCUUUCCAUUUCCUGAACACUUGCCUGUCAAUUUAAACUAUGACGACGAAGAACCUGUUGAGGAUAAAAACUUUUUGGAUGUUGAAUUCAGCGUUCAAUGUGAGGAAAAGCGGAUGGUCAUCAGCAUUGACAGAAAGAGCCUGGAGGCGAAAGGAUUUGCUAAUGCCAACCUCAUGCUGAAAAACCCAGAAUGCAAAGCAAAAGUCAAUGCAACCCACUACACACUGGAGACAUCUCGGACUGGAUGUGGCACCAUUGUGUUUCCUAUGCAUAAUAGUCCAGAUGUCCUUCAUAUCAACUCUGUGACGGUGAUUUCGGACGAGGCGCAGGCUGAUGACAAUCCGGACUCCACCUGGUUCCCCAGACCUGGGGGACCAGGUGGAUUUGGUCCACAAGCUGAACCAAAUCCACCAGCUCCUUUGAUAAACUUCAACUGCACAUACAGAGAAUCCAAGAAGGUCCCUAAUCCUGGACCUGAAGUUGGGUCAAUUCCGGUUCUGAGCAGACAGCCAGUCAACAGCAUAAGUUUUGAGAUGGAGCUGUACUACACUCAGUCUUUCAACGAUUUUCCGCAACAAGGCGUCUUCAGAGUUUCUGACCAAAUGGAAGUGUUUGUGCAGAUCACGUCAACAGCAUCGGACCCGGACAUUGGACUCACUCUCACCUCAUGCUUCAUCUCCCCCCAGUCCAGCCCCACAGUGUCCUCUGACUACAAGCUUAUUGAGACAGUCUGUGCUGAGGAUGACUCACUUAAAUGGAUCCAGAACCCUCAGAAGCACUUGUUUUUUUAUGGAAAGAUGGGGGAAUCUUUUAGCUUCACCUUCAACUCCAAAAAACUGAACACAGCAGUUAUUUUUCUGCACUGUGAGGUGUCGCUGUGUUCAGAGGAUUCUCAGAGGAACCAGGAACUACCACAGUGCCUGGACCCCAGAAACAACUGUACUUCUCUGACUGGGGAGACAAUCUUUGCAUUGAUGAGCAACAAAAGGUUUUUGAUGAAGCCGAUGGCUGUGGUUGAUAACAGUGAGUCUCAAGAUUACUCUUCAAAUACAUCAGAACCUGAAGAAGAUGAGAUGUUUCUCUUGGACACCACCACGGUGGUAUUGAUCGCCUUCGCUGCCUUUGUUAUUGGGGCUCUGCUGACUGGGGCCCUGUGGUUUAUCUACACACACACAGGUGGGACCGCCAGAGCGCAGCCCGUUCAGAAACCGCAGCCCGUCUCGGAGAACAGCAGCGCGGCCCACAGCAUAGGUAGCACCCAGAGCACACCGUGCUCCAGCAGCAGCACGGCGUAACUCGGGACGCCGCGCCGACUACAGUACCUUCACGCUAACCGGUUUGUUGGUCUUCUAAAGCGUGAGACAGAUGACAAACAGAAAAACCACCGACAAAUGUGCUGUCAUGAUUCUGAGAUGCAUCUCAGCACAAAAAAGAAAAAAAGUUCUGUUUAGAUUUUUUUUUUUAAUUCUUUCAAAUCCAAAUGCUGCUCUUCUGGUCACAGUUAAGCCUUUUUUUGUUUUGUCCUUAAAUGGUUUGAAUUCAGUCGCUUUGCUCCAUCGGUGAUUGAACACAGCAAGAUUUGCAGAGGUUAGAUAGUGAUAUGUUGAUGGCUGGACCGUAAACACAUUACUUUAACACACGCAACCUAGAAAGUAGCACAGGAGCAACACAACCACUAUUAGAAAGAGGACAAAAGUGCAGUAUGAACUUGUCUGUCAUUAUCCUGAUGAAGAGAGACAAUGGAUGUGUUGAAUGUAUGAGAGAAGAACAAGCACCAGCAAAUGUGAAAGAAUAAUGUGAAAGAUCUGCAGGUAGACCUCCAUAUUUAAGAAAAAAGAAGACAUUUCUUUAUUUUAGAUUAAAGUGCAAACAGUAGAUAACAAUACAUUAGAGCGGCUCAAUAGAUGCAAGUUUAAAACGGCCACGUUUUCAGAGUUGAAGCAUACUAAUUUGCUGAAGUUAAAGGAAAAGACUGAUACUUGUUUUGUGUCUGAGUGUGACUAGCCUGGCUUCAUCAAAUCAGCUCGAAUCAAUCAGUCAAUUUUAUUUAGCUGGAAACGGUUGGUGUAGGUUGGAAGAAAUCAUCAGAAUCUGACCUGAGGUUUUAAUUCAGUUCAGGUUAUUCACAAUACAUGUAGUCUUGCAAGACAAUUUAUUAAAAAAUAACAAGCAAUUUAUAUAGAGAAAUAAGUGGCGCCCCCAAGGGGAGGGCUACUUGAAAGAGAAUUGUGUUCAGGCUGGUGUACAUGGUAAAUGGAAUAUAGCGAUUUAUCACAUCAUUUACAUGGUCAUCUUCUUCAAUCACAACAUAUAUGGAUAAAAAAUAAAUGCAUAUAUACAGCUCUGGAAAAAAUUAAGAGACCACUGCACUGAAUGACAUUGAAAACUUCCUGGUUAUUCCACUAGAUAUUGAUUUCUGAACUAUUCCUGAGUUAAAACAUUAGUAUUGUUGAUUCUAAAUAGUUAUAAACUUGAUGUUUUUUUUUUUUUUUUGCAUUAUUUCAGGUCUAAAAUCACAGCAUCUUUCUUCCAUUAUUUUGACCAUUUCUCAUUUUCAUCCAGCAAAUACUAAGUAUUUGCUUGGAAUUUCAGAGACGUGUUGUCAGUAGUUCAUAGAAUAAAAGAACAAUGUUCAUUGUACUUUUUACUCAAACAUAUAAACAGUAAAAUCAGAGAAACUGAUCAUUGUUUAUUGGUCUCUUAAUUUUUAUAUAUAAAAAAUUAAGAGAUAAAUAAACAGGUCAUUCACAUACAUUACAUUCCAAUAGGUAUCUUAAGUUAUCAUCUGCAGUUUAAAUUCCUUUGAAAAUGUUUUAAACUCAGUAUUUCACAUUACAUCUUCCACUGAGUCCAGCCAUUACAAGACAUUCUCUUGUUUGCAUUACUAUCCUUCAGACACAAGAGAGGUCUCAGUCUUCUUCUCAGCUGUCUUUUUUUUUUUAUAUCUCCUGAAGUGUUGGUGUACGGUUCUGGUCAGAAGUUUUUAUACACUUAUUAAAAUGAAUUUUCUUAUAAUUUGGGGAUUUAAAUUAUGUAUUUCAACUAUAUUUUUUGAUGACUGUUAAAAUCUUAAACGACCUCAACUGUGAACAACACAACAGUCUCAAAUAUACAUCGCCACAAAUCCUUGGAGAAGUGUUUGCUAGCUGGGAGGAUUCUGGCUGCAUAUUUGAGCAUGUAAUGUUUUAUAAAAAAACAAAACAAAAACUGUCUAUUAUUUUUAGAUUGUCAUAUCCAAAUUAAGUCAGCAUUCGUGCUUAUGGUGAGCGUAUGCAAACUUCUGUCCAAACUGUCGAUUUGUAUUUUUAUGUGAAUAAUUGUAAAUAGGCAAAUGUGUUUCGAGGGAAGCACAUGUGCAAACUUCUCUUUUCUGCUUUAUCUGUGCCAGUCCCUUCUUUUAUAACCUGAGGAAUCUCAUCUACCGUGUUGACUGAUUGACUGACAGCAUUAACGACGGCCAUAUUUAAAGAACAACCCAGCGAUCACAGUUAGCCUUCGUUUGCUAAGGUCUUGCUGUCUGUCCUUUCAGCAGGCAGCAUAUUGUCACAGGAGUAGAAAGGCAUCAGAGGAUAAAACGGAGUAGCGCUCCCUGUUUGUAAUCUUUAUCAGACAAAACAUGAGGCAUUUUUCCAUGGUUUGCAGACACCAGACGGUUAGUGUUUGGAGUUCCUUAUCCCACUUGGUUUUGUGUAAAUCUUGGCACUCAGUGUGUUGUAUAAGCUGUAGCCAAAGUUCUUUGUUUCACAUAUAUUUUCCUCAACAUCGUAAGCUCCCCACCGCUUUAUAAGUAUAUGAAUGUUUUCUGUGUGUGUGUGGGUGUGUGUGUGUGUGUGUGUGUGUGUGUGUGUGUGUGUGUGUGUGUGUGUGUG